GCUGCAGCUAAAGUGAGCUAAGCUGCUGGGAGAGGAAAAUGUUGCGCUCUCGCUCUGUUUCCUCUUAUUUCUCUUUGACCGACCGUCAGAAAUACCUGAAAAUCACUCAGCCGACAGUUUAUUGACCGAGGCAGAAGAAAAGCAGCAGUGUGCGUUGUUGGAGGGUUUUAAAGAGGAGUUCUUUGUGUGCCUCUGUGUGUGUGUUUGUGAAGCUGUCAGGGAGGAUUUUGGGAAUUGAGACAGUCAUGGCUGCUCCUGUAAACAUCCAGACUCCCAGUAAGACCUGGGAGCUGAGCCUGUACGAGCUGCACAGGAGCCCUCAGGAGGCCAUCAUGGACGGGACGGAGGUGGCGGUGUCUCCUCGCUCUCUGCACAGCGAGCUCAUGUGUCCCAUCUGUCUGGACAUGCUGAAAAACACCAUGACCACCAAAGAGUGUCUGCACCGCUUCUGCUCCGACUGCAUCGUCACGGCGCUGCGAUCAGGGAACAAAGAGUGUCCGACCUGCAGGAAGAAGCUGGUCUCGAGGCGUUCGCUGCGUCGCGACUCAAACUUCGAUGCUCUGAUCUCGAAGAUUUACCCGAGCCGCGACGAGUACGAGGCUCACCAGCGCAGUGUCCUGGAGCGCCUCAACAGGCUGCACAACAAGGAGGCGCUGAGCUCCAGCAUCGAGGAGGGGCUCCGCCAGCAGGCCCGCUACAGGUCCGAGAGGAACCACCGGGUGAAGAAACCCACUCAGGAGAGCGACAACACCACCUUCAGCGGCGGUGAGGACAACGGUGACACACGCUCACACCUGUCCCAUGACUCCGCCCCCUCCCACGCCCCAAACGCCCCAGGUCAGACCCCAUCGGAGGCGGGGCCGAGCCGCAAGAGGCCGCGAGCAUCCGACGACGGCUCGGGGCCCGAGGCCGACAGCGGGAGCCCGACUCCUCCGCUGAGACGCCACAAAGAAGGACCGGGCUCGGAGAUAGAGCUGGUGUUCAGACCUCACCCCCAACUGGUCCACGGCCAGGACUACAACCAGACCAGGUACGUGAAGACGACGGCCAACGCCACCGUGGAUCAUCUGUCUAAAUACCUCGCUCUGCGCAUCGCUCUGGAGGACCGACACACCGACAGAGAGGCUGAAGACCAACGGAAAGAGGAGGGAGGAGGAGGAGGAGGAGAGGAAGGAGCAGCAACAGGAGGAGGAGGAGGAGGAGGAGGAGGAGAACCUGGAGGGACUACAGGAAGUGGAGGAGAGGGGUCGAGUCUGAGCGACAUCAGUGAGAAACAAUACACCAUCUACAUCCUGACGAGAGGAGGACAGUUCUCUACUCUGAACGGCUCUCUAACUCUGGAGCUGGUUAAUGAGAAGUACUGGAAGGUCAGGAAGCCUCUGGAGCUUUACUACGCUCCCACCAAAGACCCCCAACAGCCACCGCCGCCCCCCCAGCUGCCCCCCCCACAGAAGUCCCCUCCCAUACAGAGAGAGGGAUGAAGAGGACGAGG